GGAAAUGUUCCAGUGAAAAUGGUCCUUAGGAAAACCGGUUAAUCAGUUUUCAUCUUUAUUCCGACAGAAAUAAAAUACAGGAAGCAUACUCAAGUGAUGACCCGGCUUUUCGAUUUUGUUUAGUAUUAUUCAACGAAAUUGACUUUUACAUUAAUAUUUGUAUAUGUAAUAUAAAUUAUUGUGUUUAGUUUUGCAGUAUUCCAAAAAUGCAGCGAGAGUUUAUAGAGGAGCUUUUUACUCCUUUAUUAAAAGUUCCUUUCAUAAGAAAGCUACUGUUAACGCCAGUAUGGGAGCCACAAGAAAUAAUGAAUGCUAUUUUAAUUUUUUCGUGGAUUGUUUAUGUUUGGAACACUUUUCUUUCUUAUCGCCAGUAUAAAGUUGCGAAAAAGACCAUUUCAGUUCCAGUAGAGCUAGUUGGUGUUUUGGAUCAAGAAACUUAUGCUAAAUCUCGUAUCUACAACUUAGAUAAAAACAAGUUUGAGCUUGUUUGUUCAAUAUAUGAACAAUUACUACAGACGGGUAUUUUAGUAUUCGGUGGAAUUCCAUGUUUGUGGGCUUUAAGUGGUAAAGUUACUACUCAUUUUGGAUAUGGAAAGGAUCAUGAGAUAACUCAAACAGUAAUAUUUUCAUUGAUUGGUUCAAUAAUCAGUACAUUCUUAGACCUACCUUUUAGUUUGUACAUGACUUUUGUACUUGAAGAAAAGCAUGGAUUCAAUAAACAGACUUUAGGUUUCUACUUUAAAGAUAGAAUAAAGAAAUUCAUUGUUAUGCAAGCUGUUAUGCUUCCCAUACUUUCGAUCAUAGUUCAUAUCGUUAAAAUUGGUGGUGACUAUUUCUUCAUUUAUUUAUGGGUCUUCUGUGUCCUCAUAUCUUUCAUUCUUCUGACAGUUUAUGCUGAUUAUAUUGCACCGUUGUUUGAUAAGUUUACUCCAUUGCCGGAAGGAGAAUUGAGAACUCGUAUUGAGAAUUUAGCUAAGAGUAUAGAAUUUCCACUGAAAAAGCUUUUUGUUGUGGAAGGUUCUAAAAGAUCUGCUCAUAGCAAUGCCUAUUUUUAUGGUUUUUAUAAAAACAAACGGAUAGUUCUUUUUGAUACUUUGUUGGAAGAAUACACCCCAUUAAAUAAGGAAGAAGAAACUAAAAAGGAGAAGGAAGAGACAGAAAAAGAAGAAGGAAAGCAUAAAAGAACCGGCUGUAAUAAUGAUGAAGUUGUAGCAGUUCUUGCUCAUGAACUUGGUCAUUGGAAAUUAAAUCAUACACUAAAAAAUUUAAUCAUUGCUCAGGUCAACUUGUUUUUCUGCUUUGCUGUAUUUGCUCUUCUCUACCGAAGCACAGUUUUGUAUGCAGCAUUUGGUUUUCAUGAUGUAAAGCCUAUUAUUGUGGGUUUCCUUGUGAUUUUCCAAUUUGUGUUUUCUCCUUACAAUGAAUUGCUGUCUUUCAUAAUGACUGUCCUAUCGAGAAGAUUUGAAUUUCAAGCUGAUGCCUUUGCUAAAGAGCUCCACAGAGCAGCUGAUCUUCGUAGCGCUCUGAUCAAACUGAACCGAGACAACUUGGGGUUCCCCGUUCAUGACUGGCUCUUCUCUGCUUGGCAUCACUCUCAUCCACCACUCUUGCAGAGGAUCCGUGCCCUUGGCAAGAUUGAUUGAUCCAUUAAUUGAAGCAUUCAAUCACUGUGAUGCACAAAUAUUUUCAUUUCUCGUAAAACCAUUUGUUCAUCAUGUUUCAGUUAUUCUUGUGCAUGUUUAAAGUCACUAAGCUCAUUUGAUUGUCCUGCUGUAAUCUGAUUUGAUUAACUGUAUUUGUUUCCAAAUAUAUUGUGUAAAUUUUUGGAUUUAUUUUCGAUCAUUAAAGGAAACUUACUUAUAA